AUGCGGCAUCCCUUCGAUGAGUACGGUCGCAAAACCAAGGCGGCGACGAAGAAGGCGGUGACCGUCGACGCGUCCACCGAGGAGGGUAAGAAGGCGCUGGAGACGCUCGAGGCGCUGACGAGUAGGCCGAAGAUGAAGGAAAAUCGCGGGCGGAGAGCCCAGGCGGAUGUCGGCGCCGAAAAUCGGGCGAAAUCGAUCGAGCUCCUCAUCGACGCGAAGCUCCUGCGAAAGACCCGCGGGGGAGAGGUGACGCCGUCGGAGAUGGGCGUGAGGGCGCUGGAGACGUCCUCGUUCGAUCUGUCCGCGCGGUGCGACUGGGAGUUUGAGAAGACGCGCUUUGGCGUCGAGGUGGAUGGCGUAGACGAGAACACCGGGAUCGAGAAGCUGAGUCUCCGUUGGGUUUCGGGGCGUCAGUCGCACCGCGUCCCCAUGCGGUACGACUACAACGUCGACAACGUGCGGACGUACUCGCACGAGGCGCUGUCGCGACGAAUCUGGGACGCGCUCGAUUUGCCCAGUAGCGAGGAGGACUCCUCGCGUAACGGUUUUAGUCCAAAAUCCGCGAACCCGACCGGUCAUCACUGGCGCGAGUUCUUUCACCCGCUCGGGCCCGGCGAAACGGGCGUCCCACCGCCCCUCGCGCACCCCAACGCCCUCCCCGUCUUUGUCCAACUCAAGGUGAACCCCCCCGCGGGUCCGACGGACGCCGAGACGACGGAACAGGAGGACCACGUCGACGUGGACCAACCGGGCGAGUACUUCAACACCUACGUCAACUGCUUUCACGCCAAGACGGUGGACGCGAAGAUGGGCGCGCCCACCGUGUGCGGCGUCCAGCGGGACAUCCCGCGCGGCUGGGCGUUGUCCCACGACAGCGCGUACGUGCACAGGGCGGGUCGCAACGCGAGCGGAGAGAAUCGGUACCUGGCGAUGGUGACGUGGAUUAAAUGCGAACGCGUGGGGCGGGGCGAGACGUACAAGAUGCCGCCCAUCCCGGGUCUGCGAGCGGGUGGGCCGAAGUGGCACAAGGAACUGUUUGAGCGACGGACGGGUGCGAGGCUGGUGUUUGGAACGUGCGCGGAUGGGAAGAAACGGAAACGAAAGUAG